UCUCUCCCUUCUUCCUUCCCCCUUAUGAGCAACUUGCGUGUAAGACGCUUUAUUUCCGAGUCUCUUCGCUGGUUUCUAGGUCGCAUGGCGUUAUAUUGCAAAUGAGUAUUUUUUGAGUCAAGUAAGGUUAUUCUCAGUAAUGGGCUCUAUUUUCAUAGCAGCGAUGCCCUUUCGUUAGUUUCUGUUGGCUGGCGCUGACACGGACCGGUCGCGGUACCUUAAUUCCGGACUCCGAGCCCGGCUGCUAUGAGGCGCUUCACCUCGUCCUGAUUAACUUAUUACAGUGUGAAUUAAGGGCCAUGAUGAAACGUGGGGUCGGGGGCAAAUCGAGCUAUAGUCCGUACUCAGUUACUGACCACAAGAGCAAGAAGGGCGAACCGAAGGGGAAAAGCAAGCUGGACAUCCUGCCGAAUAAACCCAACGUGUGGCUCAAGCAGCUGUCAGUUCUCCAGGAGCAGCCUGCCCAGGACGUGCUGGAUCCCCCCAACGCUUCCCCCUCCAGCCAUUCGAACCCGUCCCCCUCCUGCCCGGGGACCCCCCUGACCCAGCAUGCCCGGCUACCCGGAAGCGCCUCCCCCAUGGCCACUCUCAGGCGUUCCUCCACCUGCCACCAGUCCAGCACCGCCGGCUUCCCCGUGCAGUCCUGGGUUUUCAGCAAAGGCCUCCGAAGAGGCGUCGCCGCUCCGGACGCCCCCCCGGAUUGCGGCGAGGGGCCGGCAAUCGAGGCGGAGGACAUCCCCGCGCUGCUCCAGGAGGUGGCCUGCUUUGCCGAGGCCGUGGAGAAGCUGAAAGACGUGGUGCUGGCAGGAGACGAGCGGGAGAACCGGCAGGCCCUGGCUCACGAGUGUCUGGGAGAGGUGCUGCGGAUCCUGAGGCAGGUGUUUGGAGCAUACCCCCUCCUCAACACAGUGGAGACCCUCACUGCAGCCGGCAGACUCAUCUCCAAGGUGAAAGGGUUCCAUUAUGAAGGCUGCAGCGACAUGGAGAAGAAGGACUUUGAGAAGGCUGUGGAGAUGAUCGCCGUGGCUUUCAGCAGCAGUGUGUCAGAGUUGCUGAUGGGGGAGGUGGAUAGCAGCACCCUCCUCUCCCUACUGCCUACCGAGAGGAGCAGGUCUUUGGAGAACCUGUACGGAUCCGUGUCGGGCAAGGGGACAAACUCAUCGCUAAGUCCGAACGACCCUCCACAUACCACCCUGAGCGCCGAGGAGGUGGACAUCGUCCUGCAGCGCAGUGAGGGGGGGGUGGAGUCCGCCCUGGGCUACGCCAAGGGGCUCUCCAAGUGCAUGAAGGACGUGAUUGGCUACGUGGAGAAAAGAUCAGCUCUAGAGAUGGAAUUUGCCAGGGGCCUGCAGAAGAUCUACCAAGCCUGUAAACUGAGCUUUGAGCAGCCGCACAUGCCGUUCAUGUCUGUCUACAACCUGGCUUUGGAGCAGGACCAGGAGCAGAGCUUGGGGGUUCUGCAGGCCUCGGGAACCCUGCAUGUCCAAAACUUCAUCCAGCCGCUGGUGCAGCGCAAGUUCGAUCACGAGAAGAAGUGCAAGGAGCUGAAGGAUGUGUGGCAGCGCGCCCGUAGGAAGCUGGCGGAGGCCGAAAGCAACCUGCGCAAAGCCAAGCAGGUGUACCAGACGCGGUGCGAGGAGUAUGACAAGGCCAAGGGGGCGGCCAGCCGGGCCGAGGAGGAAGGUGGUGGCUCGGCGGCCAAGACGCUGGACAGGAAGCGGAGGCAUGAGGAGGAAGCGCGUGGCAAGGCGGAGGAGGCCGAGGCCACUUAUCGCACCUGCGUCGCCGACGCCAAGACCCAGUACCAGGAGCUGGAGGACACCAAGGUCACCGUGCUGCGGCUGAUCCAGGACGUCAUCAGGCAGAGCGACCAGGCCCUGCGAUCCGCCACCGUGUCCUACUGCCAGGUGAUGCACCUGCAGACGGUGGCCCUGCCCGUACACUACCAGGCCCUCUGCGAGAGCAGCAAGCUGUACGAGCCGGGCCUGCGGUACGCCGCUUACGUCGAAGGGCUCUCGGCCGCCGAGGAGUCGGAGGUGCAGUACGACUUCGAGCCGUACGUCUCCCCCAUGCAGUCUGCCAAACCCUGCACUGACAGCAUGAACGCAGAGAGCCAUGACGGUGCUGAAUCCUCGAGCCCGGUGGGUCGUGGCGAAGGCGUUUCCGCUGCCGGCAGUAAGCAGAAACACGGGCGGGGCCACCAGCCCAACAAAUCGUGGCCUACGGUACUGAACGACACGGACAGCAUGGGUGACCACAGCGGUUUGGGAUCACCCACGAGCAGCACAGGGGAUGUCAGGAUGGUUCCCAGGACCCUCUCCAGUGGGACCAUGUCUUCCACGGAGGAGCUGGAUGACAAAGAGAACAACAUUGUGUCUUUUGAACACAGCAUGAACGGCAUCGAACCCGAGAUCGCGACGCCAACGGGGCCGUUCCGCAACGUGGGCCUGUCCAAGGCUGCGCAGACGCACCGACUGCGCAAGCUGCGCACGCCUGCCAAAUGCAGGGAGUGUGACAGCUACGUGUACUUCCAGGGGGCUGAGUGCGAGGAGUGUCUGCUGGCCUGUCAUAAGAAGUGCCUGGAGAGCCUGGCCAUCCAGUGUGGGCACAGGAAGCUGCAGGGGCGCCUUCAUCUCUUCGGACGGGACUUCAACCAGAAUGCCCACUGCAGCGCUGAGGGCGUCCCCUUCAUCAUCAAGAAGUGCAUCCUGGAGAUGGAAAGCAGGGCGCUGAAGAUGAAGGGUAUCUACAGGGUGAACGGGGUAAAGACACGCGUGGAGAAGCUCUGCCAGGCCUUCGAGAACGGCAUGGAGCUGGUGGAGCUUUCGCAUGCCUUCCCGCAUGACAUCAGCAACGUGCUCAAGCUGUAUCUGCGGCAGCUACCGGAACCUAUCAUGCCGUUCCAACUCUACAGCCGUCUGAUGGGUUUAGCCAAGGAGAGCCUGCAGGCAGAACCUCCUGAUAGAGAGGAACCUGGGAAGGGCCUGGUGGACCUGGGCUCAGAGACGGACUCCGACCUCCUGCUGCUCGUGGACAAGCUGCGGGAUUUGGUGAAGGAGCUACCGCGGCCAAACUUGGCCAUUCUGCGCUACAUCGUAAGCCACCUGCGAAGGGUGGCGGCGUUGGAGGAGCACAACAAAAUGAGCCCCAGCAACCUAGGCAUCGUGUUCGGGCCCACGCUGAUGAGGCCGCGGCCCACUGGGACCACCGUCACACUGUCCUCGCUGGUCGACUACCCGCACCAGGCCCGCAUCGUGGAGAUGCUCGUGGUCUUCUACGGCUUCAUCUUUCCGGUCGGGUCUGGUGACUCGAGUCAGCCCACCUCCCCGAUCCACAGUCACGUCACAGAUCCAUGCGGCAAGCUUCUGGGCCGCUCUGACUCCUGUGAGCGAUUCCUGGACUCGGACGGUGACCCUAAACCGGCAGGAGGAGGAAGCCAGGGUGAUCGCCACAGUCCGGAUGGACAGGAGAAGGUGACGUUCGCCGUGGGUGACCCGUCAAGUCCCACGGGAAGCAGGGACCCCCCUGGCCAGCCCCCCGUCUCAGGCAGCGACCCCCACUGACGAUGGACUCUGGGGAAGCUGAAGAACCUGCCUCCUCCUCGGAUGAGUGUGAAGUCACAUCGCCUGUGGCCUGUACUACGAAGCCGGGUUACUGGCUUAUCGGGGUAACUUGUUGGAUUUAAGGUACCACAGUUUAAAUGGACUUCAUAUUCGUUCACUUACAUUUUGCCAAGACUACCUUAAAUCCGGCAAGUUACCCCAAUAAGCCCGUAACCCCGCUUCGUAGUACAGGCCACUGGCCCCAUGCCUCUGUGGUGUGACGCGUAUGAGGUGACUGUGACACAGGAUUAGGGGAUCCGUGCUCAUUUUAGAGCUACCUGACAGUUACCAGUGACUUACGCAUUCAUAGCUCUUCUGUCUGCUUAUCUUCCGCACCUAGCAAUUUUUUUCCACAUGCCUAUAUCCAUCCAUCUUCCAAAACCAUUUAUUCAGGACGGGGGAAUGUGUCUGGAUCUCAGGCAGCACGGAGGACACCCCAGGCGGGAUGCCCGUCUUUCUCAGGACCCACGCUGUUCAUACCACAAGGACAGUGUGGAGACAGCGAUUUGAUCAUCCCUGUGAUUUUGGACAGUAAGAGAAGUCACACUGGGGGAAAAUGCCAAGACUGAACAUACGGCUCCAGGCAGGCGGGGUGGACACCACAGUGCCCAGUCACACAUCCCAGUGUCACACAUCCCAGUGUCACACAUCCCAGUCACACAUCCCAGUGUCACACGUCUCACAAAUACUCCUUAGAGAACAGAAACAUUCUGUCAUACACCUUCACAGCAACACUUUACUUCACGGGGCACAAAUAAUAAUAAGUAUUAUGCUACUACUUAUGCAUUCAUUAACCACAAACUAAAUCUUAGUUACAUACUGAUAUCAUGAUAAUUCAUUAAUGAAUCAUAAGAUGUUUUAUCUUGGGCAGUUACUGUAUUUGUUACUGUACUGUAAAUCCUGUGAACUACUGAACUUACUAAAGAACAAGGAACUUCUGAAGGAACAAAUAACACAAGUGAAAUAUUGAUCUCAUGUUUGUUCAUCAUUAAUGAAUUGUGACAUUUUUAUCUCAAGUAGCAACUAUAUUUGUUCAUGAUUUGUACAGCAGUAGUAAAUGAUUUUAUUACUAAGUAUCUGUGCCCUUUCAUGUAAAGUGUUAGCAUCAUCCCAAUGCCCUGCCAAAGGAAAUCCGGUCUUUCCCCCUAAUAAUCCUAGAGGCAUUGUUAGGUACCGAGUAAAACCAUUGUAGUCUUGGCCUUUUCUGCAGUUUGUGUGGUUGUAAGGAGCACAGGAGGCAGAAGAAGAAUGUUUAUACUACAACUGCAAAAAGACAGUACUUCAAGUAGAAAAAGCCACGCUCCGCUUACCGAUUUCAUGCUGCUAGGAUGUUUUUCUACCAGUGAUAUUGACUCUGUCACUAGUGUGUACCCAUUCACCAGUAUGAACUUUGAUAAGGUGUUUUCAUUGGUUCCAGUGAUGAUUCACGUCUAUUGGAAGCUGUAAUGUCACUGACUUGUAAUAUAUAUUUUUUUGUUUUUAAAUUUCAUUCAUCAUAAAA